AUGGCUCCCUUUCCUUCCCCGACCAAAAUUUGGCACACGACAGUGCACCAGUCCAUAUCUUCCAGCCGCCCCGAGCUCUCAGCCAAAGGCAAGACGGUCGUGGUGACAGGCGGAGGUACUGGCAUCGGUGCAGAGACCGCCCUCCACUUCGCCCAAGCAGGCGCAUCGCGCAUCGCGCUCUUCGGCCGCAGGGAGCAGCCCCUGCUCGACACCAAGGCCUCCAUCGAGAGCAAGUAUCCCAACGUCGAGGUCUUCACAAGCCCCUGCGAUGUUACCAAGAAGGCCGACGUGGACGCGGCUUUUGCAAAGUUUGCCAGCGGCGGCCAAAAGAUCCAUGUCGUGGUCAGCAACGCUGCCGUGACAGGACCCAUGGGCCCCGUGAGUGACGUCGACCCUAGCGGUUUCAUAGAUGGUGUCCAGAUAAACCUACUGGGAGCGCUGUUGGUUGCACAGGCCUUCUUGCGCUACGCAGCGCCGGACGCAGUGGCGGUCAACGUGUCUUCGUCUGCUGCGCAUGUCAACUUUGGUCCCGGAUUCGCCUCGUACAGCGUCGCAAAGAUGGCUGUCGUCCGGCUCUGGGAUUCCCUGGCCAAUGCACACCCGAAAAUGAGUGUCUUUCAUAUCCAGCCCGGAGUCGUGGACACUGCUAUGAACCGGGAGGCGGGCGGUGUUGCUGCUAUGGGCUUCGCAGACGAUGCUUCGUUGCCAGCGGGGUUCAUUCUCUGGCUCGCAAGCCCCGAAGCACGCUUCUUGAAGGGCAAGUUUCUAUGGGCAAAUUGGGACGUGGACGAACUCAAGUCCCGAGCCAAAGAGCUUGAAGCAAGCUCUGAUCUCAGUAUUGGACUUGUUGGGUGGCCGUUUGGAGAAGGCAGUUUCAAGGUCCAGGUGAAUACUGACGAUCCUCAAUGGGCGGCGGCUCCAACUGAGUAG